AUGAAAACCCUAGCAGCUACUCUAAUGCUUCUUCUCCUACUUGUUCCAUCAUCAUCAUCAUCUGAUUCUGAGGCCAUAUUAGACUGUAAGGCUGUGACUGCACACCUUACACCAUGUCUAACCUACCUCACAGGUAUGGUUGAAACACCACGUGCUUUUUGUUGUAAAGGAGCUAGAAUUCUUGUGUUAGGUGCAUCUACAAACAUGGAGAAUAAAAAGAUGGUUUGUAAUUGUAUUAAGACUUUAGCAUAUAUUGUAAAGCCAAGACCAGAAAAUGCCAUUGAUCUCUCAAACAAAUGUAGAAUCCAUUUUCCUUUUGAAAUUUCUCCAAAUAUUGAUUGCUCUAGGUAUAGUAGUAAACAUUGA